AUACAGGAUGGCUUUGUCAUGAAAUCACCUCUGCAAGCCCUUUACGACAGACAGCUCAAGAACUGGGAUGGAGGCGCCUCUCAAAAAGCUUGGCGUGGUUAUUUCUUUAACAAGCUCAACCUUGAGACAACACUAAAAUGUCAUGGUGGUUGCGUGAAUUGUUUACAGUGGAGUAAAUCUGGCAGAUUACUUCUGAGUGGCUCAGACGACAAGACGGUAUGUGUAUGGGAGCCUCUGCAGCACAAACUACUGGCUCAAAUACCGUCCCAUCACGGCGAGAACAUAUUCUCUGUCAAGUUCGUAAACAAAGAUAAGCAAGUUAUCAGUGGUGCGGGGGAUGGCGAGGUGCGGCAUCUUGAUAUCGCCGCUGCUAGUGUUCUCUCAGCAUGGCGCUGCCACAGGCACCGAGUAAAGAGGUGCUGUACGGUAGAGGACGACGACAACCUCGUCAUCAGCUCCUCCGAGGACGGAACUGCCAGACAAUUUGAUAUCCGGGAAGGGCACACAUGCAGCUCAACUGAUUCCGGCUGUUCCAACACUCUGAUCAGCCUAGAACACUGCUCUAUAAAAAGUAUCAACAGCAACCCAGUCAGAACACACUUGGUUUGUGUCGGUACAAGUGAUGACAUUGCCAGAGUCUACGAUAGACGCAUGCUCUCGCUUACUCAUGCUGGUAGUCCUGACUCAACCCCAGAACUAGCCCGGUACUUGCCGGGACACCUGGCUUACCCUACCGUGGACCAGGAGGAGGAUGAGAAUAGGUUCUACUCCGGUCCCAGCAUCACCUGGUGCACAUUCGAUCCUACUGGCAACUUUCUCCUCUGUAACAUGGGUGGAGAACAGAUCUAUUUGUAUGAUGUGGAAGGCAAAUUAAAAGUAAUCGAGCUUGAGAAGAUGGCUUCAGAUGUUGAAUCUCCGAGCAUGCCAUUACCACCCAGAUCAUUGGUCGAACUGGACACUGAUACAACGGAAGUAAAAGAAGAGGGUAACUCUCAUUACAAACAAAAGGAUUAUCACCGAGCAAUUACCGCGUAUUCCAAAUGCCUUGCUCGAUACCCGCAUAGCGUGGUUUUGCUUAACAACAGAGCUCAAGCGUUACUUAAAAGGGAGUGGAAGGGAGACGAGUACGCAGCCCUGAGGGACUCCUCCACCGCCCUUAACAUUGAUCCUGAUAAUGAGAAGGCUCACUUUAGACAGAUCCAGAGUCUUCACGCAAUGAAGUACAGCAAACUAGCAAAGAUCAAGUUAAAACACUUCCAAACCAAAUUCUCCAGAACACCUGAAACUGACAGUGCCCUGAAGACUAUAUCUGAUGAAAUCAGUACAGCCAUCAAAAACAACCAGAAAGACCCGCCAAUUCGACCAGACUUGUCUGACUGUGCGGAUUAUGUUCAGAGGUAUACGGGACAUUGCAACUGCAAAACUGAUAUCAAAGAGGCUAACUUCUUUGGUCCUGACCAAGAGUACAUCAUGGCGGGGAGCGACGACAAACACAUUUUCUUCUGGGACAGGAACUCGUGUGAAGUGUUGAGGGUUUACAAAGGCGACCACUCUCUGGUGAACUGUGUUCAGCCCAAUCCUCACCUUCCCAUCAUAGCUUCUUCAGGUCUAGAAAAAGUGGUGAAGUUAUGGUCACCUCAGUCUCAAGAUCUGGUUGUUGAUGAUGGCGAUCAUCAGAUUGGACUACUCAAUGCUGACGAAAUCUCCCUCAACGAAAUAGUCCGGAAUAAUCAGGUAGAACAAAGCGAAUCAGAAGUUUGGUCUCCACUAGAUUUUGCAAUAAUCCCCUACUACUCAGAUUCUGAGAGUGGCGGUAGUGUGGAAGUCUCAGAUGGAUAGCCGAGAAUCUAUUCCAACGUUUGCAAUGAUACAGAACGCAAUGCUCGGAAUGGUCGACCCGGACAGUUUACAAAACUCGUGCAACCCUUCUUAGAUUCCAAGGAUUCUUCAAUUCUGAUCAAAACUCGUACCAACUUCCAAAAUUACAGGGAUUAUUUAUGUAAAAACUGCUGGAACCCUUCGAGAAAUAUUUGAAUUCUGUAAAUCAAAACUCUUUUAAGAAAUCUUUGUACAAUCUUUCUGGAACUGCUUCUCACCUAAAUGUCACACAUGAUACCGAUAGUCUUCAUUUACUUUCACUAAGGAUUAUAUCGAAUUUAUAUAAUGCGUCAAUAACGAGAUGUAAAUUGGGUGCUAUUUCAGGGCGCUAUCCUACUUCCUAGGGAUGCUUUCCUAGUUGUGUAAUGUGUAGUGGUGUCACAGUGGUGUCACAGUGUAGUGGUGUCACAAGUUCUACAUUAUUGAUACUGCUAUUUACUAUUUUUUCACGAAAAUCUACUGCUACGGCUAUUACAGAGUGUAAAGAUUUGCCCGCUUAUGAAUUUGAAGUUGGGAACUUGAAAACGAACGUAAAGCUUUGGCCACGUAAAAUUUGUUAUAAUUAUGGAACUGUAGGUUAAUUUGUUUGUUAUUUCAUUAAAUUAUUGUCUGCAAAAUUUACUCUCGCUAACAAGAUUAUAAUAUUUUACUAAUUACCAUGGCAAUUGCAUGCCGUUUAUUACUAUUGUUGGGAAUAAAUAUGUUGUGUUCAACGUUGAGAAUAGCUUGUGAUGGUUCUGUAUUUCUUCCCAUGCUUCAGUCAAUUUUGUAGAUAAGAUUAUAUCCUGUAACAGUUUCAUUCUUAUUAUUAUAAUUGAACUUUAUACUGUUGGAAA